AUGUUUCCUGCUCUAACACUAAGUUCCUUGGGUCCUUCUCUCAUUGAAUCAGAUUUUAAUUAUUUAUAUCCAUUAAAUACUAUGGAGUUGCUCACUAAAUUCGAACCGUUUAUUCAAAAUUUUAUAAAAUAUAUAGAUGAUAAUUAUAUGCAUUUUGGAACUAAUGGUCUAGAGUAUAUUGCUGAGUUAAAUAACCCAAAAAGACCUGUCUAUGCUGCUUUAUGGUUGUUUCCACUGAUUUUUCCACCACUUUGUAUAAAACAUACUGUGAAAAAUAAUAAAAAGUCUUCUUGGCGUCCUUCUAAGGUGGAACAAGCUUGUUCUUUCAUACGUUUCAUUAAUAACGUAAAUGAUGUGAAAAAUACUCAAAAAUCGAUCGUCAAGAAGGCAUAUACAUUUGGUCUCACUGUACAACCAUACAUUUUAACUGUGGGUUCUAUUUUUGAAGAAAUUUAUUCCGAAGAAAGAAUCCAAAGUUUUUUGGUUAUCAACAGCACCAAAUACAAAUUUGAAACGCCUCUCAAAGCAGUUGAUACGUGUUUUAAAUCGUUCUUUACAUUUAACUAA